CCGUUCCUCCCUCUUGGGCACUGCUGCCAUGAAUACCUUCCUGCUCUCUGCACUGUGCCUCCUUGGGACCUGGGCUGUCCUGGCAGGGGGAGUCACCGUGCAGGAUGGCAAGUUCUCUUUUCCCCUGGAGUCGGUGAAGAAGCUCAAGGACCUCCGGGAGCUCCAGGAGCCCAGCACCUGGAAGAGCAGGAAGAGUGGUGGGCCCGUGGUUCCCCAAGUCUGCAGCCACCUGAAGUUUCCGGAAGAACUCAAGCCUCUCUGCAAGGAGACCAAUGCCCAGGAGAUCCUCCAUAGGCUGGAGGCCAUCGCCGAGGACCCGGGAUCGUGCGAGAUCUGUGCCUUCGCGGCCUGUGCCGGAUGCUAG